AUGCAACGGGAUAUAAUGCUGCAAAAUACAAAUAUUUACUCGGAACGCGUUUUUAAUUACGGUGUAUUGGGAAUUUUGGGUAUUAAUGGUGUUACCUGGGCUGGUCGUGGAGCUUGUUCGGUCUGCUUUAGUUGCAGGGGAUUAUGUGAAUGUGGUGCGUGUGGUAGCCAUACGUACGUUACAUGUGUGGUUCACGCACGUGAAUGUGCAUAA